GGCGCAACUCCCAUUUCUCCGGUCACGCUGGAAUUCGAUCAAGAAAAGAGUACGGGGCAAACCGUGUUGCGCGCGCAUCUUCCGAAGGUCCUUCCAGAUAAAGGGCGGGGCGCGCUCAUGCGGGUUCCGCAACAGGCCUUUUGUCUGUCGCCGGCCGCCGUCCCUUUCCCAGUGCCGAGAGCGUGCCGCGCCGCCGCCAUCUUGUUUCCCGCGGUCGCCGGAGCUGAACGAUCCUGCUGGCGAUGGGUGAGGCGAAGGCGGCGGGACGCUGCGCUGUGGGCCGCUUAGGGCUCCUGCAGCACCUCAGCCGCGCUCCGUCCCGGGGGAGGCGGGGACUCUGGCGUUUCUCCGACCUCCGGGUGUUGCUUGCUGCUCGACAGCAGCGGCCUCCUCCGGCUCGAGGAUGGGCAUUUUGCCCCCGUUCCGUCUCGUCCGCCCGGCUCCCUCCUCAAGCGAGGCGGAAGGGUCGCGCCGGAACAGACUUAUGGGUCUGGCCGUGGCCUUUCUUGAUAGCCUGAAGGCGGGAAAUCGCGGGGCUUGACAGGAGGGCAGCGGCGGGGGCGAGGAUUAAUUACGUUUCUGCCUCCUCGCAUCCCGGUGAUUCUUCAGCUGUUUAACUCAAUGCGUCUUUUCCUGGUACCCAGAAUUGUUUAAUGGGGCCCAUAAUGACACCUUCACCCAAAUCACCCCAAACUGUUGUUCUACACAAGCGUCUCUGCAUCCUGAUCCUCGACUCACCAGGAAGCCGUUACAGGUAGUCCUCGACUUACGACCACAAUUGAGCCCACAAAUUUUGUUGUGAGACAUUUGUUAGGUGAGUUUUGCCCCGUUUUACGACCUUUCUUGCCACAGUUAAGUAAAUCACCGCAGUAACCUGGCUGUUAAGUGAAUUUGGCUUCCCCAUUGACUUUGCUUGUCAAAAGGUUGCAAAAGGGGAUCCACAAGACACUGGGGCGCUGGUAGUGGUCAUAAAUAUGAACCAGUGGCCAAGUGUCUGAAUUUUGAUCGCGUGAUCGUGGGAUGCUACAAAGGUCGUAACUGAAAAACAGUCAUAAGUCACUUUUUUAGUGCCAUUGUAACUUUGAACGGUCACUAAAUGAACUGUUGUAAGUCAAGGACUACCUGUACAAAUGGCUCCGUUACCCCAGGAUGUGCUCCAGCCACUCUUUUGGGAGUUACUACUCCGGGUGUAAGGCCAUCUGCUCUAUCCCAUGGUGCUUUUAGGGGCAUUUUCACUGACAGUUCAUUGCCUUCCUCCUCUAUUUAACUGUGGAUACUCUAAGCCUGUGUUUUUCAAACUUGGCCACUUUUAAGAGAUGUGAACUUCAACUCUCAGAAUUCUCCAGCCAAUUCAUGUGUGGGGAAUUCUGGGACUUGAAGUAUACACCUCAAGUUUGAAAAAUACUGCUGUAAAUGCUGCUGUAUUGUGUGGAUUCUUUUACACUGUUACAGGGGUAUGUGUUCAUGACUCUGAAAUGGAGGUAAAAGUGUUUUGGAAUGAAUGAUUAUAAAUAGUUUUGAUCUGUUUUGCACCCCAUUUUUCCCCAAGGUAGUAGCACAGGAUUUUUUUCUCCCAUUCAGAAUUUUUAUAUAUAUAUAACAGGCUACAUGACAGCAGGUGGCCCCAGGAAAUGAGAUAUUUAGAAACCAGUUUUGAAUGUUUAAAUGUAGCAGUGCUGUUUUUGGAUCCAUGAGCAAAUAUUCCCGAAGUGAUAAAAUAUUCAAAAAUUUUAACAGGAUUACUCGAAAUCGAUGCACAGAUUUAAUUGCAUCAUUACGGUAUGUAUGUAUCUGCAUGAAGCAACUCUAGUAUUGUUAUAAGUAGAACUCAAUUCUACUUCCCACAGUUUGGUACCCUUAGCACAUUAUUAGACAGUAGUUCCCAUUUUUUCCUUGCCAGCCAUUGGAGCAGGAGUUCACUAGGUUAAGAAAUGGCAAAUGAAUAUGUGAAACAUGCUACUGUAAUAUAAUGAAUAAAAGUGAAAUGAGCUUCAGGAAAUCUAUAGUUUUAACUUUGCGCCUGAUGUCUCUGCAAUUUAGGAAGACAUUUAUCAUGUUCCAGUCAUCAUUCUUUUACAGAUUGCUAAGAUGUUUAUGUUAUGUGUAGAUUUGAUAUUUGUGCACCAACCCCUCAUGUGAGAUGCUUUUCUUGAAAUGGUACUCCUAUACAGAGCUUUCCGGAUAUUCUAGGAAUUGCUAUAACAAUGAAGGCCUAACAUUUUUAUUUCCAGUUCAUAGAAUCAAAGAAAACAUUUGAGGAGCAGGCUGCCCCUCUGAUUGCCAGGGGUUAUGGCAGGGGGAAGAAGGGGACCUAACCGGACAUCCUAUUGCCGUAAUCCUCUCUGUGAAACUGGAGCUCCUGGUGGUGCCAGCCACUCCACAACUUCUUCAGUCACUAGUGUGCGUUCACGUACCAGGAGCGGUUCAGGGACAGGUCUUUCCAGCCCUCCUUUGGCAACCCAAACAGUGGUUCCCCUCCAGCAUUGCAAGAUCCCAGAAUUGCCCAUUGAGAGGAGCAUCUUGUUUGAACUCCAGCUCUUCUUCUGUCAUCUUAUUGCUCUCUUUGUCCACUACAUAAACAUCUACAAAACAGUGUGGUGGUACCCACCAUCUCACCCUCCCUCCCAUACUUCAUUGAAUUUUCAUCUCAUUGAUUUCAAUGUCCUGGCAGUAACAACUAUUGUUCUGGCAAGAAGAUUGAUAAUUGCUAUUGUGAAGGAAGUGAAAGAGGCUUCUCAUACUGGAAAGGUCUCUUUGCCACGCUCCAUCUUCCUUGUCACUAUGCGCUUUGCUGUCCUAACUGGUGCAGGCUGGAGCCUGUGCCAAUCUAUUAUCCACCUCUUCAGAUCAUACUCCCUUCUCAACCUCUUGUUCCUGUGUUAUCCGUUUGGCAUGUACAUCCCCUUCCUGCAACUAAACUGUGAUUUUCGUAAGAGCGGCUUCUUCUCUCCGGUGGCCAGCAUCGGCCCUCGUGACACAGGGGAUGUCAGCUUGCGGGGAAAGGACUAUCUCUCUGUUCUCAAGGAGACUUGGAAGCAGCACACUCGGCAGCUCUACAGCAUGGAGACUAUGCCCACCCAUGCCUGCUGUCUCUCCCCAGAUCUGAUCCGCAAUGAAGUGGAGUAUCUGAAAGUGGAUUUCAACUGGCGCAUGAAGGAGGUGCUGCUAAGCUCCAUGCUCAGUGCCUAUUAUGUGGCCUUUGUACCAGUGUGGUUUGUGAAGAGCACACAGUAUUACGACAAGCAGUGGUCUUGCGAAUUGUUCCUAUUGGUCUCCAUCAGCACAUCCGUCAUCCUCAUGCAGCACCUACUGCCUGCCCGCUACUGCGACCUCCUGCAUAAAGCUGCUGCACAUCUGGGCUGCUGGCAGAAGGUCGACCCUUCUCUUUGCUCCAACGUGCUGCAGCAUCAGUGGACGGACGAAUGUCUGUGGCCGCAGGGGGUGCUAGUGAAACACAGCAAAAAUGUCUACAAAGCGGUGGGCCACUCCAAUGUCGCAGUGCCUUCGGAUGUCUCCCACUUCCGCUUUCAUUUUUUUUUCAGCAAGCCUCUGCGGAUCUUGAACAUCCUGCUCCUCCUCGAGGGGGUUGUCAUCCUCUAUCAGCUCUACUCACUGGUGGUCUCUGAGAAGUGGCACCAGACCAUCUCGCUGGCCCUGAUCCUCUUCAGCAAUUACUAUGCUUUCUUCAAACUUCUACGGGAUCGCUUGGUGCUGGGGAAAGCUUACUCAUACUCUGCCACCAGAGAGACUGAUCUGAAGCUGAACUGAGGGCGAGUUGCAGAAGGUGACAGAGAACAGCAGCUCCGAGUAUUGUUGAGGGCCACCCGAGACUGCAUCGAGGGGCCCCUCAGCUGCGUGCCCUGCCCUGCAGGAGAAGCGUUUCCUCACUGGGUCGUGGAGCAUGCUGGAGCACGGGGCUUGAGAAUCAUGCAGUCAGGCCGGCCCUGAGCUUUGUAUGUCUUUUUUACCAUUUCUUUUGGUUUGGUUUUGCUUUGGUAAGGAAAAUAUCUUAUUUUUAUACUCUCAA